GAAGUCAGUGUGCAAGAAGCAGUCGCUCGCACAUGCAGUCUGAAAUUAAAGUCUUCAUCACGUGCUGUCAUAUUCAUACCUACUGACGACAACGCUGUAAAGAUGAGUUUACCAAUGAGCUGUUUGCAGACUAUGGAUGAUGACAUAGAGAAUGUGUGGAUGACUGGAUUGCCAGAAAAGUACAAGGCCAGACCAAACAGACCUCAAUUUGAAAACAUGUGCAUGGCCGAAUUUGCAAGUGAAUACCGCAUUGUUUAUGCAGGACAGAAAAAAUGUAAAAAUGUUUUACCCCUUCAAAAAAACUUGGGACACAUACAGAAAAGAACAAGAGGAAAACCUGCUGUCAUAAGGUUUGCUCGUUUCUUACAACAAAAACAUCCAGAAAAAUUCUAUGGAACGCUUCUGAAACUUUACUUGCCAUAUCGCUCAGAUGAGCAGCUGAAGUCGACCAGAUUCCAGACAUAUGAAUCAUUUUAUGCAUCCGCUUCAGUAAAACUACCAGGAACUGAUAAACUGCAGCGUGUGUGCAAGAUUGUAAAUGAAAACCGUGAGAAAUAUGAAAAACAUAACGAGGCUAUAGAACAGGCUAUUGAGGAUUUUGAACAGAAUGGUCCAGUUGAAGAUGCAUGGACUACAUUGGCAGCGGCAAAUGAACUAAUCCGAUUGGAGAGCAUAUCUGAACGUGAACCCACUGAUCCUAAUGACGUGAAUGAGCAGGACAAUAUUCCUGAAUACACAGCAUCUACCUCCAUCAGUAACACAGCUAUGCCACUCAUGGAAGCUACCCAACAAAAUCAUGCACAGAUGCGCAAAAUGUACCAGAGCUUGAAUCAAACACAAGCUUCCAUAUUUUAUGCAGUCCGAGAUUGGUGCAAAAGAUGUGUCUCUGGUGAAAACCCACAACAAUUUCUGUAUUUUUUGAAUGGAGGAGCAGGAGUUGGUAAAUCACACGUUAUCAAAUCUAUUUAUGCAGAAGCAACCAAGAUUUUGCACAGGCUUCCAUGCAUACGAGAGCAUACUGACAUUUUCAAGCCAACCGUUCUUUUAACAGCAUUCACAGGAACUGCAGCCUUUAACAUCUCUGGUAAAACACUGCACUGUCUUCUGAAACUCCCAAGAAGCUUGAAGCCUCCAUACCAAGGCCUGGGAAACAGCUUGGAUGAAAUAAGGGCAGACUUUUCUAAUGCACACAUUUUAAUUAUUGAUGAAAUAUCAAUGGUGUCAAAACAGUUGUUUGCGUAUGUUAACUGGAGACUGCAACAGAUUAAAGGAAACCAGAAACCUUUUGGAGGAUUAUCUAUACUAGCUGUUGGAGAUUUUUUCCAGCUACCACCUCUUGGAAGAGCAAAACCACUCUGUGUGUAUGAGGACCAUGUGCUGGACUUCUGGACAGAUAAUUUUCAAAUGAUAACUAUGACACAGAUCAUGAGACAGAGAGAUGAUCUUGCAUAUGCUGAAUUAUAACAGUGAAGCCAUAUCCUCCCGCUUUUCAAAUAUUAUUAACAUCGAUGCACAUGAUUACAAAAAAGAUCCCCGAACAGGAGAAAUGAAAAGGCAAGCGGCACCAUUUAAAGGAGACAAGCACAACCUUAUUGACACACUACAGAUUGCUAUUGGUGCACGAGUGAUGCUUACCAGAAAUAUUAAUGUAGAUGAUGGAUUGGUUAAUGGCACUUUUGGCAAGGUGGCAAAAAUAACAGCACAUCCUUGAGAUGGAUUUGUUCAAUUAAUUGGUCUUCAUUUAGAUAAUGUGGCUGCUGGACACAAACAUCGCAACAAAGCACCUGAUGGAGAUGAAAACAUUGUCUAUAUUGAGAGGUCAGAGGAACCACUGAAAAGAAAAGGAACAGUUCGUAGACAAGUUCCCAUGAAGCUUGCUUUGGCAUGUACCAUCCAUAAAGUGCAAGGAAUGACAACUGAUUGCGCUGUUGUAUCUCUCAAACACAUAUUUGAAUCAGGCAUGGCAUAUGUUGCACUCAACAGAACAACAUCACUCCGUGGACUACACAUCACUGACUUUGAUGAAAAAAAAUCUUCUGUGAUCCAGAAAUAAGUGCCUCCUUGGAGAACAUGCCUAAAGCAGAUUUUUACAGUAUCCAGCCUAUCCUACAUAUUGUACAGGAUUCCAACAUGAAUUCAGCUCUUAAAAUCGUUCAUCAUAACACAGAGGGACUGGAGUGUCAUAUGGAUGAUUUAAAAUGCCACCAUGAGCUUCUCUUGGCUGAUGUUUUGUGCCUCACUGAAACACACCUGUCAGACUCAGCUGUUCCUGCACAUCUACAUCUGGAUGGAUACACCAUGUACAAACGCAACAGGCAUGCAUCCUACACAAACUAUGCACAUUUGGCAAACAAGAAUGGUGGUGGAGUGGCCAUUUAUGUGAAGAACAGCUUUCAAGUUUGUCCUCUGAUGUACAUCCAGAACGUUACUGACUUGGGAUAUUUGGUUUUGAAGAUAGAAGCCCCCAAACAAGCACUUCUUGCAGUAAUCUACAGACCACCAAGUUAUAAUUUGGCAGAGUUUUUGGCACACCUGAACACUCUCUUGACAUCUCUGGAGAACAUUGAUUUCAGGCCUCUAAUCAUCUGUGGCGACUUCAAUGAAGAUCAGCUUUCUCAUUGCAACAAACCUAUUCGGAAUUUGUUUGAAGAUAAAGGAUACACACAGCUAAUCAGCACAGGGACAACAGAAAAAAACACUCUUCUGGACCCUGUCUUCAUAAGCGGCGCACACUCAAACGUCAGAGCAGGAGUUCUACAGACAUAUUAUAGCUAUCAUGAUCCUGUGUAUUGUUUUUUAGAAUAGAUACAUCAAAUAUAUCAAAAUCUGUAUAGAUCACACAUUCAAUACUGCUAUAUGAUAACAUCAUCAUUUUAGAAAAAAUAUUAAUGCCUAAUGCAAAUAAAUGCAAUGUAUAUUAAUACACUUUUUACUUCUUGUGUGCAUAUGUGUGUGUUAGUUAUAGACCUGGUGUGUGUGUACUCGUUUACCUAUCUAAGUGGGGAUCUUGGUGUUGUUACACACCCCCCAACAGGGGAUUGCUGAGCCAAAUGGGGACAUUUUUGAAGUACCUGCUAGGGAAAUCCUGGAUCACUCCCUUAUCCAUGAUUACAAUCGACAGGUCGUUGUUGGAGUUCAUGUUUGGUUUUCCGGUUUUCGGUAUUCCGACUCUUUUCCUGUUGCAUGGACAUCCGGUGUACCAAGCCGUGCGACUAAUUCUGCUAGGACAUCUCAGUCAACAUUCUCUGGAUCUAUCACUGAGAAUUGCUGUGGUUCUGUUCAUUGGCUGGCAUCUCUGACUCAACUACUUUGAUAAUAAAGACUCUGUAAACUUGCAUAUGCUUCCCCCUUUUUACGUGACAAUUCUUGAUUUAAAAGCAUAUCUAUAAUGUGUUUGAUAAUUGUAUUUUCAUACUUUUUUUAAUUAUCAUUUUAUAAUUUCUAAAUGAAUAUCACAUUAUUUACAAAGCAGUUAUUUAGGAGUUGUCAGUGG